AUGUUGUUGAAUCAUCACCACCACCAUCUGUUAUUCUCACACUCGUUAUCAUCUUCUUCUUUGUCUUCCUCGUUGCGAAGAAGGGCGGCUGAGAAUACUAUCAGAUUUUGUGAUUCUAAAACGCUUCAGCGUAGGGGAAAUCGAAAUCCCCUAAUACGAAAAGGAUUGGAAAGAAGGACAAGCUGCGGCAUGAGCAGCAGCAACGGAAACGCUUUGACGACGAGGAAAAAUAAGAGGAGAAAGUGUUCUCGGAUGCAGUUAUGGACAGAGGACGAUCCUCCUGGCGGGGAGCCGGAAACUAUAAAAAACAACUUUGAACCAAACCCAGAGCAGUUUUUGUUAACUUCGGUGACCUUUUACGUGGUGAUGACGGCAUUUUCGCAAACCGGGUGCACAUAUCUCAACAUCCAUCCAGAUUUAUUCGCGCAGAUUUUCGUGUUCAACCCAGACGUGGCGACGAUUUGGUCUGUUCCUUUACUACUUUCACUGGCAAUGGUUUUACUCGUGGAUGAAAGAGUAGAAUUCGUGAAAGAGGUGAAAGAGUUGAUGGUGGACGGGGUGAUACCGAACGUCGCGCCGACGGGAGCGAAUGGGAUUUUGAUGUUGAGUUUAGGCGCGGGUAUCGGAGAGGAGGCGCUGUUUAGAGGGUUUUUGAUGCCUUUGCUUUCGAAUGGUAUUUUAGAGAGAGGGUUAGGAGGCACGGAGGUGGCAACGUAUGCGAGUUUAGGGGUAACGUCGGUUAUAUUUGGCGCUUUACACGCGAUUACCCCGGCGUAUCAGAUCUGGGCGACUCUGGCUGGAUUCUUGUUUGGAUGGGAAUAUUUGAACGAUGGGCUAGGAAGCGCGAUGUUUACGCACUGUUUUUACGAUUUCAUCGCUUUCGCGUUUAUUAUUUUGUUGUGGGGGAAACCAAAACAGCCGUCGUCGUCGUCGUCGAGCGAGGCGGGGAAAGAAUAG